GAAUCAUUCAUGAGAAUACCAGUCUGAGAGAAAACAAUGAUUAUGGAGUAUGGUAUUUUCCCCUUCAGUUUCGAUCCUACAUGUCGCUUCUACAACACACUGCUUGACCAGCAAAGCCGGCUAUGCAACCACAUCAAGAAACUCCAAAAGAUAUUACAGAGACUCAAUAAGCUGAACAGAUGUUCUCUCAUUGCGCAUCUAACGGGAAAUUCUUUAAGUGCAGCAGGAGCAAUUAUGACCAUAGUGGGGCUGUCUUUGAGCCCUGCAACUCUAGGAGCCUCCCUCUUGGCUUCUGGGGUGGGUUUAGGAGUGGCGGCUGCAGGGGGGGCUGUUUCCAUGACUUCAGACCUUUCUUUAGUGCUCUAUAACUCCAAGGAGGUGAAAAGAGUAAAAAAGAUUGCAGUGGCUUGUCACAAUCAAAUGAAGGAAACAAUGAAUUGCUUGGAGUUCCUGCACCGCAGUUGGAAUCCCACCGACCCUUUCUUAUUGCAGACUGAAAAAAAUGUGUCUAUUGCUCUUUAUAAUUCUGCCUGCUUCCUGGUGUUCUGCGGUCCUCGGGGCUUUCUGGUGCCUGAGCACACAGAAGAGGUGACAAAAGUGAGCCAUAUCCUACUUAAGGCAAAAAUCCAGAAACUGGCCGAAAACAUAGAAGUCUGUGAAAGACAUAUGGAUGAAAUCUGCAAGCUUUUAGAAAGUAGGAAAGCAUGUUCCUGGAGGAUAAAAGGAUCAGUAUGUUGACAU